CGGCGCGGCGCGUUGUACGCCACAAGCCUACAGCAAGGCUCGGUCUAUACCCGAGCACCACUAUCUUACCGCAUUCCACUGGCUCAAAGCCGCGGCGCGCCCCGCGCGUGCCUUCGCCGACCCACGCGCCCGCUUCGCUUCAUUCGAAACUCAGUUGCUCAUGCGCGUUCAUCGUUUCUGUUCGUUUAAUGGAUUGGUGCACAACCUCACAUAUGAGAUCGCGCGAUUAACAGUGAAGUGAAGUGCCAAUGGAUGCGGUUUACCACGGAACAUUGUGCUAUUAUAUUUAGGGGCAUUGGAUUUGUCUAUUCAUGGGCAAGUAACAGGGGUCUCGAGAUGCGACAUGCGUGCUCUGUGUUCGGUUCGCGGGCCGCUGGGCGGCGAGACGCGCGCGCUAGCCGCGGGCGCGCGUUUGCUUUCUCUACGCAUGCCUGGCCAGCCUCAACCUCUGCAUUUCGUCGUCGAAGCCAAAGCAAGAGUCAAAGAAUUAAAAUCCUUGGCCACCAGUCAUGCCCAGUUACAAGGCAUGACCGACACCGACCUCUUUGGCUUAGCCAUAAUGCAAAAUGGAGAGUACUUGUUUGUUGACUUAGAAAGCAAAUUGUCAAAAUAUGCGCCAAAGAGUUGGAGAUCUUCCCACACACAUGGAUUGGAUGCAAAUGGAAAACCGCUCCUUGAACUGCAUCUAGUAGUUCAGUUCCACGUGGAGAGUCCACUGCUUUUGCAUGAUGAAGUUGGGCGUUAUUUGUACUUUCUGCAAAUGCGGCAUAAUGUGCGGACAAGAGACGCUUUACCAGCGGAAGUGCUUUUGCUCCUUACUGGUUUAGCACUACAAGCAGAAUAUGGUGAUGCAAAUUCUUAUGAAGAUCGUGACUAUUUUAAAGUUGAAGAAUAUGCACCGCCUUCCCUUACUGGAGAUUGGGUAUCUGCAGCAAUGAGAGCCUGUCAUCGGGAGCUCUGUGGCCUUCCAAAAACAGAUGCACAAGUUAGAUUUAUACGCGAAGUCUGUCUACUUCCUGAUACUAUCAAUUCUCAUAGAUACCGCUUGAAACAAAAUAAAUCAGAACCAGAUACUGGAACAGUAUGGCUUCUUGUUACAGCUAAGGGCAUCAAAAUUUUACCAGAUAAUGGGCCGCUGUCUAAUUUCGUGUGGAGUGCAAUUGGAAAACUAAGCUUUGAUAGGAAAAAGUUUGAAAUAAAAACAGACGAAGGAAAAAUCACACUUUAUUCAAUUAGUGAGGAAAAAUGUAAAUAUUUAUUCGCCUUAUGUAAAGAAACACACCAAUUUUCGAUGAAGAUUGCACCAAAUUUUAAUGAAAUCUUAUUGAAAGAAGAAGAGGAACGUAAAAUUUGUUACGGAUAUUCCAAAUCUUUAAACUUUCAAUACAAUCAAAAUAAGAGUGAACAAAGAAUAUCCGUCAUCUCCACUACAAGCUCAAAUACAACUUCUGGAAUAGUGAGUGACAGAGUUCAAUCAGAAGAUGAGUUGGAAAUUAUGAUAGAUUCACCCCCUGCACCUUCUACCGAAAGUUUGGCAUUUGCCCAUUUACUAGAUUGUUCCAAUUCCUACUUUAUUCGCCACAUUCCACAAGAUGAACCACCAACAAAGACAUCUUCACUAAAAUUACAAAAAUCUAAAAGCCGAAUAAAAAAAUCAAAAGAUGACUGUGAGCAUGGGGCUAAACCAGAUAAUAAAAUAUGUGAUACAAAUAUAAUUAAAAAAACUACAAAUCAAUUAGAAGAGUCUACUUCUUUGUCUGAAAAAUGUGUUGCCGAAACAGAUAGCCCUGUAUCAAGUAAACUAAAAUGUACAGGAUCACAAUGUUCUUCAUCAUGUAGCACAGUCAUAAUGGCACGAGCUGGCCUCAGCACGUUAAGUAGAACCUCUGAUACUAGUAGUUUAGAAUUGGGUUAUAGCCACACAGCACAAAAUUCUAUGAUAAGUGAUAAUAGCGUAGUGGGAUUAGAUGUCGAAUAUUCAAGAGACACUGCUUUAACUUUAUAUGAUGGCAUAGGCGAAGCUGUGACUGUAGCUGCCUCUAGUGAAACAAGUGGUGUAUACACACUGGGUAGUUCAGAAUUAACAACUCAAUCAAAAAUUGAUACUUUAUUUGAAGAUAGUCGAACAGACUAUGGAAGUUCGCAUUACGACAGUUAUAAAACAUCUAAAAAUAAUGAUCUUGCUGAUUUCGAUAGCGUAUCAUCAAUAUUAAAGAGUAAAUCAGAUAGAAAUUGCCAUUCAUCUGAGACGUUACGAUUACGGGCUUCACUUGCAAAUACCGAUUGUGUGGACGGCGCUAAUAACUUUUCAAUCCAGGAUCACAAUGAUAAUAGUAAUAUAUUCAGGGAACGAACUAAUUCCAAUGUCAGUGCUGUUUCAUUUCAUGGUGAUGGUAGUGAUCCCACAGAUAAUAAGCACAAUUUACUAACAGCUACCGAAUUAACAGAUUUGAUUGUCGGGCGAGGUGUUUAUCCAAAAAGCCAAUCUGUAAGUGAUACAUUAGAUUCCGUCUCGGAUUAUGUCAGGUUGCCCUUACCUUUUUGUGGAGACAGUUAUAUACAGGGACAUGAAGACACUGCUCCUUCAGAUGAUAACUAUCCCAAUACAUCUUUCUUUGACCGACCGCCAACACCACCAACAAGAAGCGAUAGUCGCAAAUUACUUAAUUUAUCUCUACCCAAUAUACUUGACAUAGACGAAAAUGUAAGACCUACCGUUCACGAUAAACCGCCCCCGCCUUAUGAAUUCAAUCAUAAUACAUUGUCAUCUUAUCACGUCAGUCCAUCAAAGUUACCCCCUGCAUACCCCGGAUCAUCAUCUUCAACUGUGUCGUUAAGGCAAACGGGAGAAAAAGAAGAAGUGGCGGCCAGAUUAGUAACAUCUAAACCUAUGAUAACAAUUCUCAAAGCUGAAGCAGGUGAAGUUAAUACUUCUAUUGAAAGAACAUUCGCCAGUCCAAUGGUAGUGGAACAUCGAUUUCAAAAAUCAAAAAGACAUCAAGCGUCUAGUCGUAGAGCUGAAAGAUCAAAAUUAGCUCAAGGCAUUAAUAAUAACCUUUCACCAUCCAGAGAAAUACCUCCUCACGCAGUUGACUCCAAUGUAUUGGUCGCUAUGAUGAAACUGCCACCACCGCCACCACCACCACCUCGGCGAACACGUUUACCACCCCCUCCGCCUGCUGCAAGAUUACCUCCACCGCCACCGCCACAUAAUCCAAUUUUCCAUCAACAAUUGUACAGUGAUGUAGAUUACGUUUAUUAUCCUUUACAAGACCCGGUUGUAUCGCAACAAAAUUAUAUCGAUCAUAAAUUAACUGAAUCAAGACUAUCUAAUAUGCAUAAAAACAGUGUACAAUACAGAAGCACGCCCUAUUUAUCAACUUCUAUAUCAGGAACAUCCUUAUAUGGUUCGAUACAAAAUCUUUCAGAUUCCUAUGUGCAACUUCCUGGCACAAGAACUAGCUGGUACUCCUUGACAAGUAGAACUUCAUUGAGUAAUCAUUCCAUAAAUUUCGACCGACCAUUAAGGCCCACACGUAUUUCUGAAAUACCAAAUUUCUCACGAACAAAAUCUGACGACAACUUAUUAAAUAAUAAGGAUCCACCGCCAAUAAAGAUGAGACGCAUGCCUCCACCGCCCCCACCACCAUAUGAACACAAGAAAAAACUUCCAACGCAUCUUAGGGAAAUAAAGUCUUCAAAUUAUCCUACAAAUAUGAACAAUAUUCCGAGUGCAAGUAAAGUGAAAGAUAAUUGUGAUUUGGACAUAAAAAUUAUUAGAGAAAAAAGCAAGAAUUUAGACUUGCCUCUCAUAGCAGCGUUGUGUAAUGAUCGUUCGUUAUUAAAACAAACUAAAGCUUUUGGUGCUCCAAAAUUAAGUAAACAAACAGGUAGUGACUGUGAAAGUGAACGUAAGUGUGCCAAGUCUGUUCUAAACACCACCGAUAACAUAGAAUUUAAGAAUAAACAAGAGUGUAAUGUAAAAAAAGCAGUGCCAGGUUCUCAAAAAAAAAUGUUAAUACGAAAUCCUACAGAUAAAUUACCAGCAUUACCGGGUUCCGAUAGUCAUACGCCUAGAGCAAUGUCGAACACUUAUGUUACCCAUCCAAGUGUAAUAAAAGUUAAAAAAAAUCAAUCAAGCUCAUGACAUCGGUAACAUGUGAAUCCUUCCAGUGCUAUGAGCAUCCUUCCACCGAAUUUUAUGCCAGAAAGACUGAAAUAACAUUCUAUAAAUAAGGUUGGUCUACGCUUGUAUGUUUUCUCACAUUAAUAUUUAUUCAUUACCUAAUACAAGUAAUAUAUUACGUACUAAAUUUACCUUAUCAAACCAGAAUUGAAACCUACAAAUGUAGACCUAUCUUAAUCAUUAUUUUAGGACGUAAAUGUAUCAUUUUUAUAUAAUUAUUUAUAAUAUAAUUCUUUAAUAAUAACGGAUUAAAUAAAUCUGUUGUAAUACGUAACAAUAAUCUCAUUUAUUAGUUAUUUAAUAAAAUGUUAUCAUGAGAAGUAAUGUAAGAAAAUCCAAACCAAAGCUGCAUCUGCUAAAUUUAUUAUGCAAUAUUAUAAUUGUUCUUCCCUUAGUUAAUUCCAAGAAAACACAUUUAUUUAACCACAACUUUAAAAAGUUAAACAAUAUUAAAAAUUAAAUUAAUUGUUAGUCUCAGUAGGAUGGAAACUACGAAUAACUUGAACAAAACACGUAACGCUACAUCGGACUAGGGAAGUGUAAUGUGAGAAAACUCUCCUAUCAUUGUUAUGAACAUUAAUUGUAUGGGAACCGACAUCUUGUUUGGCGUACUAUAUCAUUACUGCAUCUGCUAUCACAACUUCCUUUCAUUGAACUUCCCUCAAACAACGGUUCCAAAGCAACAUUAUUUAUGUAAAACUUUUUUAGCAUUAGAAACAUCUACAUUUUUACCUAUUACAUCAAUGUCUCUAUAACACAUGACAAAGACAAAGUUUACCUAAUUAUGUAAGGAACUGAGAACCUGGUUUAAAUACUUUUAGCUACCUAUGUGUUUUUUAUAUACCACGCUGCUCAUCCUUUUGAAAUGUAAAUAGGUGGUUAAUAAUACUUAAGAAGGUAUUAACGCAAUUGUGAAGUGGCCUUUAUUUAUCUGCCUCCGGUGAGUGUAACAAGCCUUAGACGGCUACGAAGUAAAUAUCGAAAAAUUCUGGCUAUGUCAGUAAAGUAGGUACAAAUUUCUAGUGUCUGACUAACCUUUCGGUUUCGGCCAAUUUAUUUGCAAAAUCGAGGAUUUUACCAGUAAAUUAACCCCAAAUAAUAAACAUAAAUAGCCAAGUAAAAAUAGUAUUUACAUUAAAUUACGAUAAUAAAUAAUGAGGGCGAUUAUUUAUUAUCGUUCCCUAAAUUAAAGACUUAAGUCUCAUAUUAAUUAAAUUAUAUCAAAAUAAAUAUUAUAAGUUACAAAACUAUUAGUAUAGGAAGAAAAUCAUACAUUAAUAAAUAAACUUUAAAUAUAAACUUAAAGGCUAUAUACUAACAGACAGAAAACUAUCUAAGUUUAUUCCAAAACUGAAACAUUCUGUUUUCAUCGUAAACCGAAUUUUGGUCGGACACUUAAUUUUUACGAUACAUCACAGCUGCUAUAAACAUUAUUGAAGUACGAAACAUCAACAAUUUUUAUAUUUAAAUAUUUUUGGAUUUGUAAACAUUUCAUAAAUACAAGUAAUAACUCAAAAUUUUAGAUUGUAUAAAGUAUUUUUUUUGUUAACGGUCUCGGUUUCUAGCAGUUCCGCACAACGUCACUUCGAUGGUUGUGGGUUCAAGUCUCGCACGAUACAAACAUUUUGAUUCAUAAGUAUAAUUAUUCGAAUUGGUCACGAUGUUAUGUUUUCACAAAAAAAAAAUUCAUCAGUUUAGUACCCAUAAAACAAGCGUGCGUGAAUUGUCCUGAGUUAUUAUUAUUAUUAUUAUAAGGCUGUGUUCGAGAACAAUAUUUUAUUUACUUUACCUAUUGUAAUACAAUUACAAAGUACCUCUAAGUAAUCUGCUGUCUAUUUGUUGAUUAAUUCUGUUACAUUCAAUCCAAUUUAUUAAUUUGAUCCUAAGAAACUUAUUAAUGUUAGUAAGAAUAAAGUAAUAAGAAUUUACAAUAUAUCAUUAAUGUGUACCAUAAUACCAAGGAUUCUAUAAAGUAUUCGCUAUAGAAAUGUACUAUGGUAAUUAAAGACAAUUUUAAAUACUCGCUGUUUAUCUGAUAUAAAAUACUGAAUUUGCAUUGUAAUUAAUUAAAACUGAAGUCAUUAAAUAGGUUUAAUAAAUGAUGAAAGUGUUAUAUGUCAACAACUAUUUAUUUCUUUAGAAAUUAUAAUA